AUGAAGUAUUUGCUUAUAGAAAACGAAGCAUCGAGAAAAAGAAGCUUCAUCAAACGGAAAAAAGGGAUGAUGAAGAAACUUGCUGAGCUGUCGACUCUCUGUGACGUCAAGAUGUGUGCGGUUAUCUACAGUCCGUAUACCCCAGACCCUGAGGCUUGGCCAUCAAGAGAAGGCGCGGAGAAAGUGUUAUCAGAUUUUAUGGAGGUUCCGAUGGACGAUCGGAAUAAGAGGAUGGUGGAUCAAGAAGGUUUUCUGCGUAAGAGGAUUGCUAAAGAGGAAGCGGAAUUGCAAAAAUUGCGUACUGAAAACCAAAAUUUUGAGAUGCAAAAUAUGAUGUUUGGUUGCCUUAAAGGAGAGAUUGAUGUGCACAAGCUUGGUGAGAAGAAUCUUCAGGAUUUAAGUUCUUUUGUUGAUACUUAUAUCGACAAGCUUACUUACAGGAUGCAGAAUUUUAUGGAGAAUGGUGCAUCUUCUUCUCGUUUACCUCCUUCUGUUGUUGCAGAUGCAGUUGCUGUCCCAGUUGGAGAUUAUGAUCACAUGAAUCAAAAUCAAGAUCAGCAGAAAUCGAUUCAACGCCAAAAAGAUGAAGAACCCAUGGGCUCGAACCAUCACCAACCUAAAACUGAUGGUCUCGCUAUCAACGCUGCUGAUAUUGGUGCUCCUAAUACCACCAACAAGUGA